CACAGACAAACGUCACAAGUGUGGUUGCACAGCUACGUCUAGCAACAUAUCAAACACAAUAUGCUUGAGUUUGACGAAAGGUAGACGGUCUUUUCGGGAUGGGUGUGUGCACUCACAACAUAGAUGCACAGGACCCGGAUGAAGUCACUGUCACGUGCUUUGGGAAGAAAAAGGGCAAGAGAUCCGGAAUUGCCUGCAACAGCAUUCUGGUGGAGACGGAGGGAUUCAUCAGGGACCUCAGACAGGAAGUCACACAGCUCAGACAUGCCCAGUCGGGGAAACCUGACGACGCGCGCCACCUGGAGGCAACAGUUGAGCGACUCCUGGGGGAGAAGGAGAUGUUGAUGGAAGAGCGAGGGGGGCUGAAGGAAGAGCUGAUGGGUCUGAAGGUGGAGAAAACAAAUCUGGAACAGCGGGUCGAGAAACUGACCGCAGAGAAUGAAGAUCUGGUUACUGAAUUCCAAGAUCGAUCACGUGAGCUGAACAUGAGCAUGGCGUCUGCCGCGGAGGAACAGCACGAGACGUCGCGGACGACGGAGACGUUAAAACAUCUUUGUGAUGCCAACAAGAGGUUGUUGUUGGAAGCAAAUCAGAAACUGCUUCACCGAACCAGUGACCUGAAAGAGCUGCAGACGCUGUACGAUGCCAGCAAAGCGGAAGUGGAGCGACUGUCGGCAGAACUCUCCAACAUGGACGCGUGGAAGGUCGUGACCGCGGCUGAACUGGAUGUCAAGGUCACCGACAUGAACAAGAAAUACUCGGCUUUAAAACGCGUGUGCCGAGGCAAGGAUAUGAUGAUCAACCAACUCAGAGAAGAGAAGUCCAAGGCACUGAUGCAGUUAUGGCAGACGGCAUAUGGCCACAAAGCUCAAUAUUUCUCAUGCACGCCUACUCAUGCCGACAGACAGAUCCCUAUGGCAACGGUAGGGCCAUAUCAAAAUGAGGUCAUCACCUUCUGCAAUGCAACGUCACCGGUCAAAUGUCAAGACAUCGGGAAUCAGUUGAAUGAGACCGACUUCAUCAAAAACAAGACGAUGUCAAUGGAAUUGGAGCUCUAUCGGACAAGAAAAAUGGCCGAAAUAUUUGGAGACAAGUUCAAUCCCCUGCAACCAGACCGGGCCUCAGUCGAGACAAGGAGCACGUGCAGCGGAUCUGGAGGUGACGUCAGCGCAAGCAUCAGCGAGUUCAGCGAUGUAGUUCUUGACGACAUACCAGAGGAGACACUGAACAACAUCGGGGAUCAGUUGAAUGAGACCGACUUCAUCAAAAACAAGACGAUGUCAAUGGAAUUGGAGCUCUAUCGGACAAGAAAAAUGGCCGAAAUAUUUGGAGACAAGAUCAAUCCCCUGCAACCAGACUGGGCCUCAGUCGAGACAAGGAGCACGUGCAGCGGAUCUGGAGGUGACGUCAGCGCAAGCAUCAGCGAGUUCAGCGAUGUAGUUCUUGUCGACACACCAGAGGAGACACUGAACCUGACGUAUCCUCAGUCGUUCUUCUGACGUCAACGUCGUCACCAUCUUGUUUGUCAACAUCAACAUCGUAGGUAAUAAAACAUCCCUACCAAAA